AACUUCACGUGCAUGAAACAUUUACCUGAUAAUGCAAAUACAAGCAACUAGAAUUAAAAAAAAAGUUAAAUUAUGACUGCAAUCUCCUUCGGACUUUAUUUAGGAAAUACAUCGGCUUGUUUAGCUAUCUACAAAGAUGAAAAUGUGGAUGUUGUUGCAAACCAUGCAGGAGACCGGGUCACUUCUGCUGUCAUCGCUUUUAGUGACUCCGAAAGAGUGAUAGGAACAGCAGCUAAAGCUGGUUUAUUUAGGAAUGGUAUGAAGACCGUGUUAAAUAAUAAGCGUCUAAUGAAUAAAGAAAUUGAUGCUACAGAGCUUGAAGAUGCCAUACAAACAAGUACAAGUAAAAUUAUCAAUGAAUCUGGUAGUCUGCAGUAUUCAAUAAAAAUAAAUGACAAGACUGAAACAUUCUCUCCUCAAGAAAUAUCAACAAUGUUAUUUAAAGCUAUGUAUGAUAUUUCUACAACUGCUGCCCAUGAUGAUGAAGAGCAUAAAGUUGUUCUAUGUGUUCCUUGUAAGUUUAGUGUAGAAAGUAUCAAAGCUUGGCGCGACUCAGCUUCUAAAGCAGGCUUUAAAGUUCUUCAAGUUAUUGGAGAACCAGUUGCAUCAUGUCUUACUUAUGGAAUUGGUAAAGAAAAAAAAAUAACAGAGUUGGUAUUAGUAUAUAGGAUUGGUGGUAUAUCAAGUGAUAUAAGUCUGAUUAAAGUUUCUGGUAGUACAUUUAGAAUUUUAUCAACUCAGUAUCAUCCUAAAUUAGGUGGCCACAAGCUUACAGACUUACUUGUUUCCUAUUUGGCUGAAGAAUUUAGGCAUAAAUAUAAAAUUGAUCCUACGGAAAGUCGUCGUUCUAUCGCUAAAUUGAAAAAUGAAGCCGAAAAAUGUAAACAUAUUCUUUCAACAAUGUCUACAGCUCAUUGUUUCGUGGAAUCAUUAUGCGAAGGUGUUGAUUUCAGUCAUAAUAUUACACGAGCAAGAUUUGAAAAUAUUAUCAGUCCAUAUAUUUCGGAGUAUAUUCAGCCUAUUAUGGAUAUAUUACAAGAGACCUCAAAAACUGUCUUGGAUAUAAAAAAAAUAAUCUUGUGUGGAGGAACGAUGAAAAUACCUAAGUUACAAGAAAAAAUAGGAUCAAUAUUUCCGUGUGGGGAAGUUUUAUCUAGUCGAUGGAGUCCUGAUGAAAUCAUGGCCGUUGGUGCAGCAUUACAGUCUGCUCAUUUGUUAUCAUAUGGAAUGGUUGAUAAGGAUCUAACUUCAACAGAUAUAGAAUUACAUUGCUUAGCUAAAUCAAUAUGUGUCAAGAUAGAUGAUAUUGAUCCGAUUGUCAUUCCAAAGGAUACUGUCGUGCCAAUUAAAAUUCAGACAAUCGUUGAAAUUCCUAAAAUUCCCGACAAGAAAAUUACAAUUGAUAUCUUCGAAGUUGAAAAUGAUGAUAAGGAAAUUUCCACAAAAAUCGGAUUGAUUUCAUUGAACUGCAAGACCGCCGGCAAAUGGAAAAUCGAUACAGAUUUAACAGAAAUGAACCUCAACAUACAUAUAACCGAAAUGGCUAAUGGGAAAAAAUCAUCAUUUCGAUUCCCAAUCCAUGCAGAUAUUUCGUAAAAUGAAUUGUAAAAUAUUAUCAAUUAAAUAUUAAUAACAUUUAUUUACUUUUACA